AUGACCGUCUGGGCAUCCGCACAAAGUGCUACUUUUAGCAUGUGUGGUCAACUGUACCAUGGGCACGACAACACCACAGCUUUGUCCAGUAGUCCAGUGGUCAGAGCACUGGGCUCCGAGUUGGACAACCUGGGUUCUAGUCCUGGCUGGGGUGUUAUGUUUGUCUACAGCAAAGAACAACAUGAAUCAUGGCAUCUGGGGAUGGAGGGGGGGGUAUAUAGAUUCAAGUUUGUGUUUCUUAACCGUGCAAAAUGCAUUGGAUUUUUUUUUUUUUGGUAUGUUUGUCUUGAAAAUGGUUAUUUUAUCUUGCAGGAACACCCUUGGGUUACAGCAGCGUACUUUGGCCGCGGCACAGCCUAUGUACAGAAGGGUUUACAGCACAAGGAAAAUGCCGAAGCAGCAAUUGAAGAUUUUUCAACAAUUAUUAGGCUCACCCCGGACGAUCCUGAAGGUUGGAUCAAGAGAGCAGAGGUGUUUUCGCCUCUGGGAAAUAUCAGAGGGGCCUUAGCGGACAUAAAAGUUGCUUUGGAUCUGAAACCAAGUUCUCAGUUGUACAUUAUGAGUGGCACACUGCUGUUUAUGCAGGAGGAUUACGAGGCAGCUUCUAAAAGCUUUGAGAAAUGUUUAGAGAUUGAGAAGAACCAGCCUACAGCCAUGUUGUAUAAUGGUCUAUCAUUGUAUCACAGAGGGAGAGUGGAGGAGUCUAUUGAAAUCUUUAAAGUGGUUCUGCAAACAAAUACAAAUCAGGCAGAAUGUCAUCGCAGCCUGGGUCAUGCCUACAGGGAAAUAGGAGAGCCAGAACUUUCGCAUGAACAUUUCACAUCAGCUAUCAAAAUGGAGCCAACUGUUGCACAGAACUAUCAUUCCAGAGGAAUCUUAAAUUAUAUGCGUGGAUGGCCCGACAAAGCCGUCUCAGAUUUGGAGGCAUGUCUGAAAUAUAACCCAGGCAGUGUCUCUUGCAAGUAUUGGAAGGGAGUUAGUCACGCGGCGCUGGGAAACUUUUUCGAGAGCGUAAAAUCAAGCACUCAGAUCUUACUAGACGAGGCAAGCUCAUCUCCCUUGCAAAACAUUGAUGUGAUAAAAAGUUAUUAUCUCAAAGGUGAAUAUUAUUAUUAUUAUUAUUAUUUCAUUUGUCUUUUGUUGUCGGGGUUUUCUGUGAUACCCGUUUUCGAGUGUCCUUUAAUUUUAGUUUCUUUCCUCUGCCAAAUGUGUUUAUCUUUGAUUUUGUUUUUCAUAAACAGAGAGGUCGAGAAUGUUUCGUUCGGCGACUUCAGUCCAGAUGCACAGCUCUUGUUGUGCAAGUCAUCUGUUCUUGGUCCUUUAGUCCAGUACAAUUCCAAUGGAUUCUUACCAAGCAGUAGACAUCACCGUGCUAUGGGUCUGGCCAUGUUGGAUGUAGCCCAAGUAGUGACUAAGUACUGGAGAGCUGGCAGGUCAUCAAAAACCAAUCAGAAAAAAGCCUCCUGGAGGGACAUGUUUGAUGUGGUUGUCAAAUGGAGAAGACUUUCUGAUGCGGAGCAGCCUGUUUAUUGGUUGGACCUUAUGCCGGAGAAAAGUGUCAAAACAGGUUUUAAUUUCCGGAUGAACCUGUUAAGGGGACAGUUAAAAAGCGUGAGGUACUCAGACUACUUUGACAAGAUCUUCCAAUUUACCAAAACAAUGUUACAGCAUUUGUACAGAGUGGAUGAAUUUAAUAAAACGGAUUUCAAGAGGAAAAUAGAGAAGGCGAAAAAUUGUCGUGAGCUUAUACAGGUUCUUAAGCAACACGAUACAAGAAACCCGCAACCCGGUAUGAUUUUAUCGACCCAUGUGACAAGCUCAAAAGGAGGAGGAAAAAAGAGUUUAGAAGGAUUGAAUUUAAGUCUCUCUGAGAGUGGGACAAACAUUUUGUUCACAAUGGACACUCCUACGACGCCGGCAAGAACUGCAUCUUAUCAUUCGGAGCUGGAUUAUAUUUGGGGACAACUGAACGAUGAAUUGAGAAAACCUGGCAACAAGGAUAUAGAUGUCAUUGGCAACUACAUCCUCUCCUUGGUGUAUUAUUUUUUCAAUUUGAUGCCUCUUUCACGAGGAUCAAGUGCUGUGGCCUACACCGUGGCGUUGGGCCUUUUCCUCGCUGUGGGUCGGGAAACAACUGGAAAAAUCCCUCCAGGAAAGGAAGUGGAUUUAGAGGCCAUGAUAGGAGGAUCAGUGGAGAAUUUCAUCAAAAAUGUCAAAGGAUGGUUAGGGCUCAAAAAGUUUUCCAAACCAGUGACUUCCUUACCUCUUGUGAGCGAAGUCUUCCCAACUCUGAGAACUGUGUUAGAAGCUCUCAAUGCUCAGUUCACGGACGCUAAUUGCAAAGAUAUAAAGUCCUAUUUUUAAUGAAACCUUCAUAAAUAUCACAAUUUUAUAACUAAACGAGGAAUACUGUCGGAGUGAUAGGGGAUAAAUAAAUAAAUGUUAUUUUUUCAAA